UGAGCGCCAGGCGAUUUGACAGCCGGGUCCUUCUUCCGCUUGCUGCACCCCCUGUCUCUGGAAGGUUCUGUGUGCGACCCGGUGAAUAUACUACAAUCCGAGUCCAUCUGCACCAGAAUCGAACCGUUUUAUCCACGGGGUCUAUAGAUCCCACUCCAGAGAUCCCCGGUAACCGUUUGCAUCUUCUAUUACGCCAGGAUGCCCGAAAUGAAAGCAGCACCGAGAGCCCCAAGCGGAGGCAAAAACAAUGGAGGCACCUAUGUGGACCGCGACAAGCCCGCCCAGAUUCGUUUCAGCAACAUCUCUGCCGCCAAAGCCGUUGCAGAUGCCGUCAGAACCAGCCUGGGACCCAAAGGAAUGGAUAAGAUGAUCCAGGAUGAGAAAGGAGAUGUGACCAUCACCAACGAUGGAGCCACCAUCCUCAAGCAGAUGCAGGUGCUCCACCCAUCUGCCAAAAUGCUGGUGGAACUGUCCAAAGCUCAGGACGUUGAGGCCGGAGACGGCACCACCUCUGUGGUGAUCAUUGCUGGAGCUUUGCUGGAGGCCUGCUCCAAACUGCUUCAAAAAGGAAUCCACCCCACCAUCAUCUCCGAGUCCUUCCAGAAGGCUGUGGACAAAGGCGUGGAGGUGCUGAACGGAAUGAGCCGGCCCGUGGAGCUGAGCGACCGGGAGUCGCUGCUCAACAGCGCCACCACGUCCCUGUGCUCCAAGGUGGUGUCGCAGUACUCCAGCCUGCUGGCGCCCAUGAGCGUGGACGCCGUCAUGCGAGUCAUCGACCCGGCCACGGCCACCGGCGUCGACCUGAACAACAUCAAAAUCAUCAAAAAGCUGGGAGGAACCAUCGACGACUGUGAGCUGGUGGAAGGACUGGUUCUGACGCAGAGAGUGGCCAGUACCGGGGUGACCCGCGUGGAGAAGGCGAAGAUUGGUUUGAUCCAGUUCUGCCUGUCGCCUCCCAAGACCGAUAUGGACAACCAGAUAGUGGUGUCGGAUUACGCUCAGAUGGACCGCGUGCUGCGAGAGGAGCGCUCUUACAUCCUGAACCUGGUGAAGCAGGUCAAGAAGGCCGGCUGCAACGUCCUGCUCAUCCAGAAGUCCAUCCUCAGAGACGCUCUGAGCGACCUGGCACUGCACUUCCUCAACAAGAUGAAGAUCAUGGUGGUGAAGGACAUCGAGAGGGAAGAGAUCGAGUUCAUCUGCAAGACUAUCGGCACUAAGCCCAUCGCUCACAUCGACCACUUCACUCCAGAAAUGCUCGGCACGGCGGAGCUGGCAGAAGAGAUCAGCCUGGACGGUUCUGGCAAACUGGUGAAGAUCACAGGCUGCAGCAGCCCCGGGAAGACGGUGAGCAUCGUGGUCCGGGGCUCCAACAAGCUGGUGAUCGACGAGGCGGAGCGCUCCAUCCACGACGCGCUGUGUGUCAUCCGCUGUCUGGUCAAGAAGAGGGCUCUGAUAGCAGGAGGCGGAGCUCCAGAGAUUGAGCUGGCCGUGCGUCUGACAGAGUACUCGCGCACUCUGGCUGGGAUGGAGGCGUACUGCGUGCGCGCGUAUGGUGAUGCUCUGGAGGUCAUACCCUCCACACUGGCGGAGAACGCGGGCCUGAACCCCAUCUCCACGGUGACGGAACUCCGCAACAAACACGCACAGGGAGACAAGAUGGCCGGCAUCAACGUCCGCAAGGGGGGGAUUUCAAACAUCUUGGAGGAGCUGGUGGUGCAGCCCGUGCUGGUUUCCAUCAGCGCGUUGACUCUGGCCACAGAAACGGUCCGUAGCAUCCUCAAGAUCGAUGACGUGGUGAACACUCGAUAGGUCUGUCCGGUUUCUGAAGCCCGUUUGUUCUGCGAGGGAUCAGAGCAUCACGUCGACAGCAGUCUGCUCCGAUUUCUGCUGUAGUUAUUGCAUUGCCUAAUUUAAUAAAAGGCUGUGGGGUUUUUUUUGUUGACA